UGGGUCGCCUUACCAAAUGUUCUGGUAUUGCGCCCUCACUUGCAUCUUUUAACCCACCCCAAACGACCUUACAGUGUGUCGAAAGUCUGACGUUUUGUGGUAUUCCCAUCUUCAGGUGGUUCCACGGUCACUUGCCGGGCCGGGAAGCCGAGAAACUGAUGAACGAGAAGGGCAAGAACGGCAGUUUUCUGGUGCGCGAGUCGCUCAGUAAGCCAGGCGACUACGUGCUGUCCGUGCGCAUCGACGACAGGACCUCCCACGUGAUGAUACGGUGUCAGGACGGCAAAUAUGACGUGGGUGGCGGGACGCGGUUCGACAGUCUGGCAGAGCUGGUGGACAACUACAAAAAGAACCCGAUGGUGGAGACCACCGGCACCGUGGUCCACCUCAAGAUGCCCUUCAACGCCACGCGCAUCAACGCCAGCGGCAUCGACAACCGCGUCAAGGAGCUCCAGAAGGAGCACGGCCCGUCGAACGGCAACAACGCCGGCUUUUGGGAGGAGUUCGAGUCGCUGCAGCAGCAGGAGUGCAAACACCUCUACAGCAGGAAGGAGGGCCAGCGACCGGAGAGCCGCAACAAGAACCGCUACAAGAACAUCCUGCCUUUUGACCACACGCGCGUCAUACUGCGCGACCGAGAGGCGCUGGGACCGGGCGCCGACUACAUCAACGCCAACUUCAUCACGCCGGAGGAGGACUCACUGGCGGGCGAGGCGCCCAGCAAGACGUACAUCGCCACCCAGGGCUGCCUGCCGACCACCAUCGCCGACCUCUGGUGGAUGGUCUGGCAGGAGAACUCGCGCGUCAUCGUCAUGACCACCAAGGAGAUCGAGCGCAGCCGGGGUAAGUGCGCCCGGUACUGGCCCGAGGUGGAGCAGGAGGCCACAUACGGCAGCGUGACCGUCACCAACCUGUCCGAGUCGCCGCUGGUCGACUACACGCUGCGCGCCUUCAGCGUCAAAAAGAAGGGCUGCCCAGAGGAGCGCAAAAUCUACCACUUCCACUUCCGGGCGUGGCCGGACCACGGGGUGCCCACCGACCCGGGCUGCGUGCUCAAUUUCCUGCAUGACGUCAACUCUCAGCAGGCCAGCAUCCCGGACGCCGGGCCGAUCGUGGUGCACUGCUCGGCCGGCAUCGGUCGGACGGGUACCUUCAUCGUCAUCGACAUGAUCCUCAGCCAGAUCGACCGGCAAGGUCUGGACACGGAGAUCGACAUCCAGCGUACGAUCCAGCGGGUGCGCUCCCAGCGCUCGGGAAUGGUGCAGACCGAGGCGCAGUACAAGUUCGUCUACCUGGCCGUCCAGUACUACAUCGAGACGCUCCAGCUCAAACUGCAGGCCGAACAGGUGAGUCAGAAGAUGGGCCGCGAGUACACCAACAUCCGCUACUCGACGGAGGCGGCCGGCGCGCCGGGCGCCGAGCCGCGCGACGGCCGCGCGCUCUCGCGCUCUACCGUUUCGCUGCCGACCAGUCCGUCACCGGUGCCGACCACGCCGCUCUCGGCGCCGGCCGACCGGCACAUGGCCAGCCGGGCCGCCUCAGAGAAUCAGCUCACCAGGUCGCCGGAGCUGCCCGACUUUCCGCACCAGAUAUACGCCAACGUGCCGCUGGGCGGCGGCAAGGAGCGGCCGGCCGGGCCGCCGCCGUUCGGAGCGCCGCGGCCGCCCAAGUCGUGAUGGCGCGCCGCCGCCGGCGUCCUGUGAUACGCGCGCCCGGCCGCCCCCGCCCCGCCCGAGACCCGCCGUCGGCGCCGGCCGGCCGGCGACCGACCCGUCUUUCUGCGCGCCGCGCCGGCGGCCGUCCCGGGCCGGCUCUGUCGGCGGCGCGGCCGCCCGCCGCUGACUGUGUACCGUGUCGUUGUUCUGUGAUAUACCGAGUAUCUCGGCUCGCGCGCGCGCGCCGGCCGUGUCGUUUGGUUGGCUGUGUUCGGUUUUGUUGGGCGGCGGCCCCUCGCCUCUCCUCCCCCGCUCUGUCGCGCUCUCUGUGCUCUGUCCCCGUCUCGGGUCGGCAGCGGCCGCCGGCAGUUUUCUGUCUACGUCCGCGACUGUUGGCCGAUGUCCGAGCACACCGAUAGUGUAUUUUGAUAGGUGAAUCGUUUUCCUUUUCCGGCGGUAUUCGCAAUCACUGUGGACGACCUACCGCGAGGUCCGAUUCGGUCUAUCAGAGUCGGUGCGCUGAAACUAGCGUACCCUUAUCCGCGCCUGUUAUUUCUGUGCUGUAUUUCUGCACUUGAUGAGGACGAGUCUUUACGCUCCUGAUUUGCUGUAGCGGUGGCUUGUUACGUCUGUUGUUUCCGUUUGGUGGCGAGCGGCCCUGUCGUGUUGUGUUCUCUCCUCCUGGCGGUGGACCUGUGAAGCCUUGGUUCGGUCUGAGGCGGCGCCGGGCGACUGAACUCUGCGGCAGACGCGCCAGGCCGGGCCCUCUGGUGGCGGCCUGCCCCCCCCCCCCCCUCCGAGACCCCCACCCCCCGGCCCCAUCCCAGCGAACCCAUAGAGCACGGCCAACCGCUGAGAGGCGCCGGCAGUGUUAGCACCCCGGGCGGCGCCACCGGCCGCCCGGGUCAUUACCUAGGUCUUUGACGAGACGUGCGCGCGCACGCCAACGAAAUGUCGAUUUCUUUUUUACUCUGUAGCAUAUUUGAAGGAGUGAUUGGCUGGAAAUAUAACUAGCGGCGAGCGUGCGGAACGUGGAA